GUCGAAGCUGGAUUCACUGUCAAUUCGAGAGCUGCGAAGUGUACGCUCGCGUCUAUUACGUGGUUUGUUUAUAGUGAAGUGGAUUUUGUGAUGAGAUUAUCGAAUGUCGUGAAGUGAAAGAUAGUGUUGUUUUUAUUAUAAAGUGUAACUCAAUGUGUCCUAAACUAUGUUUAUCGUUUAUUAAAAGUGAUAAAUCAAAAUGUGUGAAGCACCGUUGUGUGCAAAAUUGAUUUUUGCCACGUAGUGACGCGAACGGGUAAUGAUUCCUAAUGUGGAGUUCAAAGCAAGAUGGUUAGAGAGACUCGGCAUCUGUGGGUUGGAAAUUUACCCGAUAACAUUCGUGAAGACCGGAUAAGGGAUCACUUCAAACGCUAUGGCCGAGUCCAGAAUGUCAAGUUGCUGGGUAGAACGGAGAGUGCAAAUACGAUCACCGCACCUACCGGUGGAUCGAGUGGGGUUUGCGCUACAGUUGCCUUCAUGGACAUCAAGUCGGCUUCGAAAGCGCACAACGCCGAGCACGUGGUCGACGAGCGUACCCUUACCACAGAGUACUAUGAGCCGGCAGCGAUACCAUCGUCAGCGGGUGCGCCCUCGGCCGGUUCUUCGCCAGCUGGUUCUGGCUACUCAGGCUCUUCGUCCUCCGUGAACUCUGCACCUGCUCCCGCUUCCGUUUCGCGUUAUCAUCUCUCAGGAGGCGAGGAGAGUACGGGAAAUGCGUGUCCUAUAGCAGCAACGGCUGCGGCGCCGGCCAACUGGCGGGGUACCAACGAUAGUGCAACUGAAUAUUGCCGACGUGGGAAUACCCCGGCUGGCUAUGGCCGCUACCAGCGUAACAAUAACACCACUGCGCCGUAUGCAACGCCACCUUCAAAUGUCGAUAGGACAACAACAACACCUCAUCAUCGAUGGUACGCGAGCGGGACGGCAAGCGGGGGAGGUGCGGGGGGCGCGACGGGUGGUGAGAGCACGCCGAGCACGCCGGGCGGCGGCACCGAGAGCGGCCGGCGGCGGCGGAACUCGGGCUCGGGCUCUUCGCGCUCCGACUCCAGCUCGCCCGAGCCUAGCGACACAUCGCGCGCCUCCACGCCUGCCGCGCCGCCGCCCGCGCAGACGCCGCAUGCCAACCACCGCACACCGCCAUCUCACCAAUAUCAAUGGGCGUCGACAGCAAGUGGCAGACCCCUGGCAAUAUGCGUACGGAAUUUGCCGACGAGGUCGACCGAUAGCUCCCUCAAAGAUGGUCUUUACCACGAAUACAAAAAGCAUGGGAAGGUGAUGUGGGUCAAAGUGGUCGGGCAGAACGCCGACCGGUACGCAGUAGUGCGAUUCAAGAAGCCGUCCGACGUAGAAAAAGCGCUCGAAGUGUCUCAGGAUAAGCUUUUUUUUGGAUGCAAGAUCUCAGUGGCACCCCACCAAAGUUGUGAUGAAGAUGCCGACUCGGCAAAACCUUACGAGACUGAUAUUGACGAGUAUCAUCCAAAGGCAACGCGGACUUUAUUCAUUGGUAAUUUGGAGAAAGACGUGACGCAACAACAGCUACGAGACAAGUUCAAGCAUUUCGGUCGCAUCAUAGAAAUCGACAUCAAGAAGGGCAGCGGCGGCGGCGCCGGCUACGCGUUCUGUCAGUAUGCGUCCAUAUCCAGCGUGGUGGAAGCCAUCCGGUCCAUGGACGGCGAGUAUGUGGGAGGUUCGCGCGUCAAGCUUGGCUUUGGCAAACCCGUCGCUACCACUUGUGUUUGGGUAGAUGGCCUCACUGAACACACGGAGAAACAGGUGUUGGGCGCGGUGUCGCGUUGCGGCGCGGCGACGUCGGUGUGCGUGGACCGCGCAGCGGGCGCGGCGCUCGUGCACUUCGAGCAGGCGGCGGCGGCCGGCGCGGCCGUGCGCGAGCUGCGGCGCGUCGCAGCGCAGGCCUCCGCCGCCGAGCCCGACCACCCCCGCCUCUGCGUCGACUACGCCUCGCGCGAGUGCCAGGAGGCGUUCUACGAGCAACUGGAGAAACACGGCGGCUCGGCCGUGCCGCCGGGAGAGAGGAUCGGCAACGACAUCACGGGCCGGUAUCUGCCUACCACCAGGCACGACCCCCUCCGAUACGAGGGUUGCGGGUCGCGGUCGCGAGCCUCGAGCUACACGCGUGGCUCGUCACGCACGCCGCGCUAUCCCGCGCUCGACCACUACGACCCGUCUGACUACGCGGCGGACCGGCGCUACAGGGUAUAUGACGAGCUAGGGUCCAGCCCGCAAACGGAAGAUCCUCCAUAUGAAGACAGACUGCAGUCAGUGGUGGUGUCACCGCAUCGCGCUCGGCGGCACCGCCGCGACUCCAGCCCUGAGGACAGAAAACAUUCUAAGGAGCGGCACCGCAGCGCCGGCGGCAGCAUAAUCGUAACAACGACUUGCGGUCGUCGCUCGCGUUCCGGCUCGCGCACCGGCGAGCGUCACGCCGGCCGCCGGCGACACCGCCGGCGGCGCGACCAGUCGGCCGACCGCGCCGGCACGCCGCUCCGCGACGAGCCAGAAGCAGUUCCGAGCGAGCCGCGGAGAGGGCCUCGCGAGCGGCCGGCGCUGCCGAUGAGCCUGCCGCUGCCGAAGUUCGCGGCGCAGCUGUUGCGGGUGGCGGCGCCCGCGCCCCGCCCGCACCCCGCCCCCGCGCCCGCCCCGGAUUCCCCGCCGCGCCCGCCCUCCGCCUCCUCUUCCAGCGCCGGCUCCGCGCCCCACUCGCCCUCGCUCGAGGAGCGUAUCCGCAGCUUGGACGAGAAAUACGAGCGCUGGAGCGGGUCCCGCGUGGUGGCGGAGGCGCCGGACCGCUCGCGGCUGCGGCACCGGCUGCUCGAGGUGGACAUCAACGAGGUGAAGCCCUCCGAGGUGGUGCGCUCGCUGCUGGCCAAGCGCUCCGUGUUCGACGAGGACUCCGAGCGGCUCGAGGGCGCGCGCGCGCCCAGCCCCGGCGCGCGCGCGCCCGCGCCGCCGCCCGCCGACGCCGAGCGCCCCUCCGACCCACGUCUGCACCGCCAGCCCCCGCCGCCGCCUCCGCCCCCGCCUCUACUCGACUUCAGAAUGGAACACCGAAUCCGUCCCCGAACACCCUCGACGGACCGAUCCCAGCCGGACGUCAGGUCGCCCAGAAUAGAUGGCGAGCUCGAUGCCGACUCGAGGGGACUUCUCGAGAGAAGGAGACGAGAUUCGCUCGUUCACAAACAUAGCGCUGAAUUUGGAAACGACAAAGAGAGCGCCGAUACGUCCGACCGACCCGAUUCGGACCCCCGAUACGGUGUAACUCCUGUUAGAGAAAGAAGUAUAACCAAGGAUAAUUUUGCCCCUCUAGAUAGACGACAGGUAGAAAGAACUAAAGACAAUACUAAUAAUGAUAGGAUGUUGAAUGACCUUUUUGAAAGUAAACCCGAAAAAGAUUUGGAUACCUCCGUUGUUGAUCAAUGUGAAGAAAACAUUGCUCGUGAUAUUGCAGACAUUUUAUUGAAGCAAGAAAAAGAGGAUGUCAAAAUUGAUUCUUCUGAAGAACAAAGUUUAAGAUCCAGUGAUGAGAACACCAUUCAAUCAGAUACUGAUAAACCAAUCUCUAAUGAUGGUAGCUGUGAUAGUGGAAAUAAAUUAGAAACAAGUAAUAAGGUGAACUUUGAAGUUGAAGUAUGUAAAGAUGUAUUAGCCCAAAGUAAUAUCAAUGACUAUUUGGAAUCAGAAUCAAUACAAAACCACUUAAGUGCUUCAGAAUUGGCAAAGAUAACUAAAGAGGUGGUUUCGGAGUUAGUUUCUCAAGAACAUAAUAAAGUUGGAGACAAAAACGUAAAAGAGAGAUUCAAUCAAAGUGUUAUCAUAGAUUCUGUGCAUUCAAGUAACAAGUCGGAAAAAGAAAAUAUUGAAUUUGAAAAAACUUAUGAAAGUGAAAAAUUUUGUACCAAUACCACUCAUUUUUUCUCAGAGAAAAAGCUAAUAGAUGCCGAAAAACGCGCAGAAGAUCGUAUCAAGUAUGAGCGUGACAAAUUAAAACAUAGUAAAGAUCGAGCAGAGAAAGAUUCGCAUGACAAAGAUAAAUCGAAAAGUAAUAGAGUCGAUAAAGAAACAAAAGUGGACAGAAAUGAUAGAGAUAAAAAGACCAAAGAAGCGGUACAUACGGAAAAGGCUCAUUGGGAUAAAUCCAGGGCUGAUUCCGAAAAAGGAGCUCAUAAAGAUAGACAUGACCGAGAAAAUGAACGAUCAAAACACACAGAUGAAAAGUCUUCGCGACAUGACCAUCAUCAUCGUAAGGAUAAACAAGAUAAAGAUAAAAGAAAGGAUUCAACUGAUUCAGAUGCAAAAGUAAAGAAAGAUGAUAAACAUAAACAUGAUAAGUCAAAAAAGGACUCACAUGAUUCUAAACGUGACAGUAAAAAAGAUUCUGAUUUAGUCAAAUCUAGAAAGUCUUCCAGAGAUGAAAUAUCUAGGGAUCUAUGUCGCAAGGAUUCGACUGAUUCCUCCACGUCUAGAGCAUCUCAUGACUCCGUAAAAGUUAAAGAAGAAGUUAACGAUCUUAAAGAAAUAAAACUAGAACCGAAAGUAACUCUCAAACACUAUGAUUUAUUCUGCAAACAAGAGGUAAAAGAUUCGUUACUAACAGCUGCUGAUAUUAAUUCUCUAAUAAAAGCUGAAGUGAAAGAAAAUCGUGAAAAUUCUGAUCAUGUCCAUGUGAAGAAUAAAAAUGAAAAUCAUUUGGACUUAGUCAAACCCAAAGCAGAAGUCCCUGAAAAACAGAGACAUUAUUCUGUGGAUUCGCCAACUAUUGAUGCGAAACGUAAGGAACGUUUAAAUUCUUGUUCAAGUUUACCACCAAAUAUUGGAUUCAAAAGAAGAAUGUCUUCUCAAGACAGUUUAGAUUCCGUGUAUGAAGAUAUCAAAAAGUCAAAGAAUGAAGCAAAGUCGAUAGAGCGGCGAGAUUCAAAGGACUCCAAAAAUUCAUCAAAUCACAUAGACUCCAAACAUAAAACGACCAAGUUUAAUAAGGGUCAUUUUGCCAAAUUAAUUGAAAGUAAAACAAAAGAUGAUAAAAAGAAUCAGGUUAAACCACCUGACGAGGUUUAUGAUGUAAGGUUAAAAGAAGACAUGAAAGAUCAAGCAACCAAAAUUCCAUCUGAAAAAACAAAGGCUUUGAAAAAGAGUCCAAAAAUUAACCACCACGAUGAAAAAGUCAGUACGGAAUCAUCAUCCGAAAGUUUACAUAAUGAUCUAGACUUCCUUGCUACCCUAGAACUGAGGUCCAGUGAGGAAGAUGAAAAGCAAAGAGCGUUAAGGAAAGAGAUGAAGGAAAAGAAACGAAUUCAACAAUUGCAACAAAUACAAGCGCUUCAAAUGCAACAGGAUGCUUUACAUCAAGCAGAACUUAACAAAUCUAAAGACGAAAAGAAACAAAAACAUGAUGAGAAAAAGAAAGAGGCUGCUCGUGAGAAGCGCAUGUCUAUUGAGAGGAAAAGCAGAGAAGACAAGAAUGACCUCAAUAAACGAAAGAACAGGAAGCAACUUAGCACAGAUAGUUCUGAUUCAGAUGAACCUAAAAAACAUUCAAUCUUUGAUAUAGUUGAUGACGGACCUACUUAUAUCUCCAUGUAUGAUAAAGUUAAGGCUCGUUCUUGUAAAAAUAUGCAAAAGCAAGAAGAAGAAAAACGGCAAGAAAAAAUUAAAGCUAAAUUUAGUCAGCUUAAACAAAGCAGAGCAAAACGUGAAGAGAAGAAAAGAUCUAGUUGGGAUGAAGAUAGUGAUUCUGAACAAGACAGGAAAAAGACACACAAAUCAUCAGUGGAUAGUUCCACAGAUGAUGACCAUUUGAUGAUGCGUAAUAAAAAACGAGACAAAUUCCGUCGCACAAGCUUUGAUUUUGAUCGUCUCAAAUCUAAUGAUUAUUUCAGUGUUAUUAGCAAUGAAGAAGAUUCAAGGAAUAAGUUGUCUCGUAAAAAUUCUAGAACUCGUAUUAUGUCUGAUACAUCUGAUGAUGAAAUAUCAAAUAAAAGAAGUAUUAGUAAAAGUCCAACAUUUAUUACUAACAUCAAAAAAGAGAUUAUAUCUGAUUCGGAAUCGUCAAUGAGAGCAAAGGAUGACAUUAUACACCUAAAAUCAGCCUGUGAUGAUAAAAUUAAAAGAAACUCCUUAAUUAAUUUAUUUGGUAAGAGUGACAGUGACGACAGUAAAGUAAAAUCCAGUAUGGACACUGAUUUGGAAUAUAAGCACAACUUUGGUAAAUCUAUUCCCAACGAUUUUUCGUCAGAGAGCGAAUCUAUGUCUACAAACAGAAACUCUUCAGAGAUUCGUAAAAAGCAUAAAAGAAAACUAAAGAAACAUAAAUCUUCAUUAUCUGAUGAUGAAAGUAAAUUACCUGAAAACAUGGAAGGAAGUGAAACAAAAUCUAAGAAUUCUGAUAAGGUACGGCGCCAUAGCAAUAAGAAAGAAAAAAGGAAAGAUAAAAUCCGUGAUAGCGUGGAUACUGAUGACACCCGUGAAGACAAAAAUCGAAUGAAAAAAGAGAAGAAAUCCACAAACAGUAGUUUUGAAUUUUCUCUAGAGCCCGUGUCUAAGAAGGAAGGUAAAAUGGAGGAUAUUUUUGGUCCUUUGUCAGACGAAUCUGAUAAAGAGGGAAGAGCACCACAACCAACAAUAAACCACAACAAUAAAUUAGAUUAUUCUCAUAGCUUUGAACAAUACAGUGCCUCUAGUGAUCAACUACCCUCAUUAACAAAUUGCGAUGAUAGCAAAUUUAAAGAGAGAGACGAAAAUAAACGGAAAAAAGAGAAAAGAAGAAGAGAUAAACGAUAUCUUUUGAAGGAAGAUGAAAAUAGCUUAGACGUAGACGCAGUAAGUAAAGCUAUUGAAGCAAGAUUGAUAGAAGAUACAAUAUCCGAUGAUGAGAAUAGAUUAGACACCCUGGACAUAAAACGUAAUGAUAUAAAUGAGUACACAUAUAAAAAUGACAUUUCCGAAAAUACAAAGACAAAUAACAAGCACAUUGAGAAAAUGAAAAAAGAUAGUAGAGAAAAAAAGAAGAAAAAGAAAAGAAGCAGAGAACAACGACAGAGUCGGAAAGAACAUCAUCAUUAUCAUCACCAUCAUGAUAAAGUGGAUAAGGCCAAUGUUAUGCUUGAAAAACCCCUUAUUGAAAUAUCUAACAAAACUUUGCUUCUAGACAUACCUCUUCCAAAUGAAGCUCAGCCAGAACGAGUGGCCGAUAAAUCUGAUGAUUGUAAAUCGCUUUCAGAGUCUCCAAGUCUUCCGAGACUUACAGAGAGUCCGCCAACCACCAUAAUCUUGGAUAAAGAUACAGAUUCUCAAGAUGUAGAUCCUAGCUCACCAGGGGUCAUAUCAAUUGAGUCUAGCAUUGAUAGUGAGUACUUAGGAAAGAAAGUUGAAGUUGAUGAUAUCCCAAUGCCCGCCCCACUUGAAUGUGAUAUUAGCGAAGUGCCCUUACCGAGUGGUGAUCCCAUAACCAUUACUUCAGAUCAAAGCAAUAAAGAACCGACGUCUUUUCCUUCAACAUUGAUUGAUGAUGUUGAUAACAGUGAAACUGCUGUGCGUAGUAUAUCAAACUUAUCUGAUGCAAACAUUAACAUCGAGAAAAUAGAAGCUCCUUUAAAAUCGGAUAAAAAAAUUGAAGAAAAACCAAGAGCUAUAAUUUCUCAAGAAGAGACAGCAGAUGCAGUUGCGGCCCUCUUAGGCGAAAGCUUUGGAGGAAAAGUUGAUUCUUUUCCAGAUUAUGAACAAGUUGAAACCAAUGUCGCGCAUGAAACAGAAAUUGAAAGUGUUGCCAUCGAAAAUGAAAAUAUACCUGAAGAAGAUGCUGAAGAGAUGAGACAAGCUGUUCAGAAUCUAAACGCAAGCGAAAUGGAAAUGAAACCAGACACACCAGUAUCUGACAGCGACCUUUUACUUAUUGACACAGAUACUGAGGAAGCUGACGACACUCCACAGGAUGCGAUCGAGAGACUACCUAUUAAUAUUAUCGCAACGAAUCAGACCUUAAAUACGACUAUAGAACAAUCAAAAUCUACUGAAAUAUCAAACAUAAUAAUAGCAAAACCAAAAACAACUGUGGUUAAAGUAUUGACAUCUGAAGGUAAUGAAUCAAAUCUAAAAGUUAGUGAUCCAGAUUAUAAGAUCCAAUUAGCCAAACGAGAUAAUACUCACCAAGCAACAUCAACAGCGACUCCAGUGAUAACAUCGUGGACUUUAAGUAGUAAUAAAUUGGAACCUCAUCAUGUCUUGAAUAUUCCUAACCAGAUCAUAGGUAGAGAAAAAUCUGAAGUAAAGCCAACACAUAUUACAGCAAAUAUUGUUCAAAUAAAAGCUCCAUCAACUCAAAAUAUGCAAGUGAACAGUACUUUGAGACCUAUAAUUUCGCCUGCGCGAGUUAGUGCACCGUAUCAAGUCAUAAAUCAAAUGAUUAGGCCGCAAGCAUCUAACAUGCAGCCUCCGACGAUAAAAAUACCAGAGCAGCAUAUCAUAUAUCAAAAGUCACCUGGUAUUGUAAUAUCUCCUCGAACUACCAAUGAUCCAAGAUUACAAAGUCCGAAAUCAACGACGCAGAGUGAAGGUUUGCUUUCACCACGAUUAACUAACAUGGCCAUAUUGAGUACUCCACAAAGUUUAAAUUCUGUUGGAAUGGGUUCCCCAAACAUGCCACAAAGAUCUCCUGGACAAGUUACAGUGGUAAGAAUGCAACAACCGCCCUUGAGCCCCAUCCCAGCAAUACAUUUACCACACAGUGCCAGAACUAUGGUUUCCCCAAGUAGACCAAAUUCAGUGCUGGUUCAAACACAAGGAGCGCCGAUACAUUUCAAUAGAUUGCCUGUGACUCCAGUCUUAGCACCUAUUUCAAAACAAAUAAAUGUAAGUAGCAUAGUUCAACAGAAUAAAGGAAUUACUGUGAAUACUUCACCAACCAUCCAUCAGCCCAAAAUAAUGACUUCAGCAGAUAUCAGGAAAACUGACACAAGGAAUACAUCUGAAAGCGUAAAUGAACCAUCGAAAAUAAUACUGUCUCCGACAAGUUUGCAGCAGAGUUCUAAUCCUACAUUAAUGGCUCAAAAUCGUCUAAUAUCUAUGCAAAAUGCAAUGCAUUUAGCUAAUAAAGUUCUAAUUAACAAUAUGAAUUCCUUGAAUGAGAAGAGGGAAAAUCAAAAGUCGGAUCAACAUAGUCAUUUACCUUUUGCCCCCACGCCCAUUAUACACGUAGCUGGCGUGAAUCAUUCGACGGCAUCUAUCAUUCAAAGUGGAUCAAAACCAGUGAUGUGCACAAUUCAGGAGCCUAAUACCAUUAAUCGAAGUCAAAAUUCCAACGUCAUUCAUACGUUAAAUUCUCCGAGACUGCUUACAACUACACCUAUAAGUAAAGUCAUUCAAAUAGAUGCUGCCAGUAAGGGAGGACCGCCGUCUGUUUUAUCGAUGGCAGCUAUUAGAUCUCCAACAGUUUUAACUAGAUUGGAGUCAUCAAAUUCUGUUGCAGUAACAACAACUAGUCUUACUAAUGUAGUUAUGACUCCUUUACUAUUAAAAACUACAAAUGCUACUGGAGCUAUAAGACUCAAUCCUAAAACUGACUCUGAAACAACUGAUGGUCAUAAUCAUAUCGCACGUGAAUCUGAUAAAAAAAUAGAAGAAAAAUCAAAUCAGUCGCAAUUUAUUUUUGAACCUCUGGAUAAACAUAAGGAAGUAAUGUAUACGAAGAAUAUUAAGCCUUUGCCAUCCACAGAAAUAGUAACUAAAUGUGAAACAGACUUUGAAGAACUACUAAAAGAUAAUACUAAUGAAAUCAAAGUUACCAAUAAUCCUGAAAAGAAACUUGAAGUCAACGUAGGUAAUGUCACCCUAAUAAGUACCAACCUAUCAGCAUGUCAUGAAAGAAAACAGAGUAUUGAUGAGCCGAAAAAAGAGGUUACUGAAAUUAAAACAGAGAGAGCCGUUGAAGAUACGAAGGUUGAGCUCAAUGUGUCUGACAAUAAAGAAGACAGGAAGACUUUAACUGACUCUGACUCCAGUUUAACCGAAUCACAUGCAUCAGAUACGAAAAUUGCCGAAUCUAGUCUAGAUUUCACACCUACUCCACCCAAAACUGACCUCUCUGCCAGCAGCAGUUCAGAAAGCAAUAUCUCCUGUAAAACUUCUCCAGAGGAUAUAAAAGUAACUGAUGUGAAAAUUACUUUAGAAACAGAAGACACUAAUGUAUUUAAAGUAGUAGUUUCAAAAGAAUCUGAUCAAGAAAAUCCCAUAAAAAAUUUAGAUGAGAAUGAUUCUUGGAGUGCAAAAGACGUAAAUAUUGAUUCUGUAAUUAAAAAGGUCGACUCACUUUGCAAUGAGAAUAAUGAUGAACACGAAGUAAGUAAUAAACACAAUUCUACAGUAAAAGAAUCCGUUGAACCAGUACAAUUUAAUUCCAGUUCUGAAAAAAUUUCUACCGGAAGUGAAAGUUCUCAUUCGGUUGAAACAUCUAUGGAAAGUGUUAAUGAAACUCACAACGACGAAUUAAAUACAGGGAGGAAUACUACUGUUAGCAAAAGAGGUGGGCGUAGUGUCAGGGGAAAGAAGUCUGAUAAAAAUCAGGAUCGAGUGCAAACUCGACAAAUAGCCAAGCCGCCGAGAGGUGCUACAACAAAGCGUGGAAGAGGCCGUGCAAAAGUUGAUAAGAAAGUGAAAAAUUUCGUUAAUAAUAUCGCUAAUAAUAUUCCUGGCGAUGUGUACGAUUUCCACGAAGAUUCUGGUGAUGAGACUUCAACAUCACCCGCAAAGUCAGAAGCUAGACCGAGACUUAUAUUGACUAUAAAAAGUCCCCAGUCCGGUCUCACGAACGUGACAUCUUCUCUUAUAAUAAAAGAUCAGCCCAAAGUGAACGAAAAAAUCAACAAAGAAGAAAAGCCGGAAGAUUUCAUCUCUCCGUCACCGAACACUCGUAAAUCGAGAAGACUCCAAGAAAAAGACGUUCAACGGACCACCGUAGAUGACGUUAUAGACGAUGUCGUUAAAGGGCCAAAGAACAGGAAGAGGCCAACUCGUCAGGUAGGACCGAAGCCAAAUCCAACUCAAGAAAAGUCUGGAACGGAUACCAGAAAAUCACCGCGAGGCGCAAAGAGGGUCAGAGAGAGGAGUUUAUCUGACGCAUCUGUGGACAGCGGAGACGAGAAGCUGAAAAAGGAGGAUGUCAAGGAGGCGAAAGUGCCGAGGAUAGUAGAGCCGGUCGUCGUGCGAGUCGAGCCGGAGCCGCCGGCGGUCCCUGCACCGGCGCCGGUGCCAGUACCGGUUUCGGUUCCAGCACCGGCACCCAAGGUGAAUCCGACGCCUAUUAUGAAGCCUCCGAAGAAGAUGAUAUCAGAGAUCAGCGCCAAGUUGGCGUCAGCGUUCGAAGCGGCGGCGGCCGCGGGUCCGCCGCCAGUGGAGGACAAGCCGGUAGUGCUGCCGCUGCGCGCGCGGGCCCUGCCGCCGGUGGAGCAAGCGCGGCUGGUGGAGGGAGCGGGCGCACUGCUGCCCGUGGGCACGGACGCGGACGCCCGGGUGCAGUCGCCGGCGCUGCCGCAUCGCCCGCCCUCUACACAUCGUCCCGCCGACAGAGCUACACCUGUUCUAAUCAGAGGCGGAGAGGGUGAAGGUGGCUUGGGUCCGGCCGUGUUGGGCGUAGGCGUGGGCGGCGUGGGGCUGGGCGCGGAGCCGGGCGGGGCGGGCGCGCGCUACCGCGGCGCGUACGCCGGGCCCGCCAGCCUGCCACGCGGCGCCCAUCACCCGCCGCACCCGCCGCCGCACUCGCAACACCCGCCGCCGCACGCCAAGCAACUGCCGCACCACCAACCGCAUCCUGGAAAUGCGUCUCGCGUUACACUGACAAGUGUGCCAAACAUCAGCCCUCAAGGACAAUUAGCAAUGUCGGCAGAUUUAGUUAGAAGUCCGCCACCAGCCCACCAACAGACUUCUCCAGUCACCUCGGUCUAUCACAACGGCGACGGAAUGUACCCGCACUUCUCACAUCAGCACUACCAGAUGUACCAGCAACACUUCCGAGCCACACAGCACGACAGUCGGACCACACCUUCACCAUAUACAAGGAGUUUGGAAGCGGAGGGCUGCGAGGCGCCGACGCCGCCGCUGGAGCUGCGACGCCCGCCGUCCGCGCGCGUGCCCCGCCCCGCGCACUCCCCCGCGCCGCCCCCCGCCGACCGCCUUAUCAUGUAUGCCGUGGGUGCGGGUGCAGGCGUGGGCGUGAUGCGCGGCGGCGGGGGCGGCGGGGGCGGCGGGGGCGGCGGCGGCGCGCGGUCGCCGCCGCCUGCGCACGCGGGCACGCGGCCGCCGCCCGGGCCCGCGCUGUCGGGACUGCCGCCCGCGCCGCCCGGGCCCCAGGGCCCGCCGCACGCCUCGCAGGUGCCGCGCGAGGCUGACUCCCUGCAGAUGUUAUUGAGACGUUACCCGGUGAUGUGGCAAGGGCUGCUGGCGCUGAAGAACGACAGCGCGGCCGUGCAGAUGCACUUCGUGGGCGGCAACCCCGGCGUGGCGGGCGACACGCUGCCGCGCCUCGCCGACGGCUCCACGCCGCUGCUGCGCAUCGCGCAGCGCAUGCGCCUCGAGCCCGCGCAGCUCGACCAGGUCCACCGCAAGAUGAAGAUGGAAAACGAACACUGCAUGCUGCUGGCGCUGCCGUGCGGCCGCGACCACAUGGACGUGCUGCAGCAGUCCACCAACCUCACGCACGGCUUCAUCACCUACCUGCAGCGCAAGCAGGCCGCCGGCAUCGUCAACGUGGCUCCUCCCGGACACCACCAGGCGAUGUACACGGUGCACAUCUUCCCGUCGUGCGACUUCGCCAACGAGAACCUUAACCGCAUCGCGCCCGACCUGAUGCACCGCGUGGCCGACAUCGCCCAUCUCCUCAUUGUCAUCGCCACCGUCUGAACCACCGCAUUAUUGACGACACACCCCCGAUUGUGACCUGAUUCCUAGACGGACGAUUAACGACUAAUAAUUAUGCAUUGUAAAUAUUGGCCAGGUUGUGAAACUUUUUUAAAUCUUUAAUUUUUUUACCUUAGCUAUCGGUCCACCUGGUAGACGUCGCGUAGAGACCGAAAUCGUUCCAUCCUCGACAGAGACGUUUGUAGGAAUUGAGUUGGAUUACCUCUGAAGUGAAGUGCUUAGUGACGUACGUUAGUUAUUUAUCGUUAGCGCGUGCGCUGCGGCGCGGGCUGCCUGUAAACUCUCACAUUAAUAGAUAAGCCGUCACUUAUUUAAGAGUUAGUUGUAAGUUAUAAGCUUAUUUGUAAAAUACUUUUGUUAUAGUCGACUGGGUUCGACAUUAUUCGGAGUUUAAAUUUAUAAAAGUAUGAUUAAUAAAUGGCAAAGUCAGUUGAUAAAAAAUAUUUUUAGUUUUGGGUUCCGAUUAGAUGAGUGGCAAUCUAUCGAGCAUUUUUAUUGUUAGUGUAAAUUGUUAUUUUGUUUUAAGCGACUAGGUCUAAAGUAAUUUAAAAUUUGUAAAUACCGAAACUAUUCAUACUAAAAUUCGAUUUAUUCGCUUAGGUCAUUACGGUAGGUAUCGGAAAACUCAUGAUAACUGGGUCGAAUGAUUACUGUUUAUUUGUAAAAAUAUUAUAGUUGAAACUUAAGAAAAACACAUGGAAAAUAAACUGUGAUUCUGACUUUUAAAUGUAGACUGUAGUUAGUCUUAUUGAUCAUAAGAGCAGUGCUCGCGGUCAACUCUGAAUUUAUCUUUGUAUUGUGCGACGUCGAGUCAUUCCCGUUGCCACCUGAGAUAAGUUCGGGGACGCGCGAACACUUCCCGCGGGCACGCACUGUCGCGAUGUUCUUAGCGAAAUAUACGACAAUGAUGGAUUUAUUGUAUGGGAGAAUAUGUCAGGAUGACACUUUGAUAUCGGUACAUAAUAAUCAUUUUUUUGUAACAUUUUUAUGAUUGUUUCAUUUGCACAAUUUGAGACUUGUUUUUUUCAACCCAGCGACUACAUUUUUGUCCUUCUGUAUCUUGCUUUGUACCUUGUAACGGUCUCAAUCACUAAAUAUUAUAACAACGUAUCUAUAGAUCACAUUGGCAUAUCUUCAGUAAUAGUUUUUUUAUUCCGUUUUAGUUAAAAAAUUACUACUAAUGGGUCAUAAUUCACAAUUAAUUGACUGUUAAAAGGUAUGAAGCUGUAGAGAAGAAGUGGCGGCCGUAAUGGCACUUCUCUUACAUACAUAUCACGAACAUAAUUUAGUGAAACAUAAGUUUCACUAGUGAUUGGUCAAGAUGUCCCGCUCUCUAGGCGUCCCGCCGCCCGCGCCCCUGUCCCGAGCAUGGUGCCACCGUCACAUAUUCUCGAUCCCAUCCUCAUUAACCGCCAACGCGUCCAGUACAUCCGACAUUCAGUCACGACAUAUCCUAAACUACCUGUAACGCCCUUUUUUACGUUUUAAUUCAAUAGCAAUAACUUGUUCGAUAUCGAAACUAACAAUAUUGUACUUCUCAUAAGCGUCGGUCGCCUGCAGAUAGCUUCCGCUCCUGGCGAUCCCGUUCCCAUAACAUGUAUACAUAGUUAGUUAAUUGUGCGACUGUGCUGUCGUACGGAUAAACAAAGUACAAAAUAUUUUAUGUAUUGUAAUUUUAUAUGUACGAUAUAGAAGUUAAUAGCACAGGUAAUAUUAUGAUUAUUCUUUUUAAGGUUUAAUCUGUAGAGUGUAAAAUAAUUGUAAUGAUUGUUUGUCAUGUUUCCGUCGCAAACAGUUCUCGACUUGGCUAGGAGGAACACUAACGAACUCGUCACUUCGUCCAUUAAUUUUAAAAAUAUAAUUUUAUUAGCAGACAGAUGCCCAAUAAUGUACACUAUAUUUAUUCUAAUUUGAAGUCCUUAUGAAGGAUCUCAAUGUAAAUAAGUCUUCAUGGAACAUAGCAGUACAGUAUUUAGACUUGAUAUUGAAAAUUUUAUGAGAUAAGCAACAAAUGAGAAUUAUAAAAGAAGUAUUUAUGGUAAAAUUGGUAUUUACUCAUUUUCUUUAUUUGUAACAUGAAUGUAAUAAUUUUCUCAGCAGGGAUCGUGUUUGAACGAAAACUUGCUUAGAAAAUAAUGCCAUUCUUGUAUAUUAUGCUAUUAAAAUGUCAAUUACUAAUUAAUAUUUUCAUAAAGUUUUCAUGCUCCGUAAUUUUGAAAUCUAAAAUCAUGGUUUGUUUCCUCAUUGGUGUUAAGUCGUAAUAAGUUUUUGCAGACUUACUAGAUUUAACAACACGAACUAAUGUGAGAAGUAUAAUAUAGUUUUGUUUAUUUACUAUGUUAAAAGUGGAUUCAAUAGGAAGUUCCACGUCGAGGUGCCCCCAAGCAGGUUCGUUGAGGGCGUGACGACGUCAGACUUCCAUCGUUUACGCCUGUGUGUCAUUCUGUUCUCGAAACAUAUUCUCUGUGGUGAUAUGAGGAUGGAAUGGCAAGUGCGUGGUGCGUCCUCCGAGAGCGGUUGUUGCCGUGUGGGAGAUGUUAGAGUUUAAAUAUUUGUAAAAAUAACAUUUGAUCUCAAGUGUGCAGCAAAAGUGAAAGGUAGACUGUUGUCAUGCAACUACCGCGCUCGGACGCCGCGCGGCGCCACUAUCGUUGGUUUUGAUUCAGAGCGUAAGGAUAUAAAAAUAUUGUGAUCAUAAUUAUAUUGUAGUUUUAAAAGCUAGGUUAUAGAAAUAAUUGUAUAUUUUGUACAUAUUGAAAAUAGUAUUGUAUCUUACUUCCCUUAUCCAAACAACCCAGACUCCUGUGUGUUAUGUACCUCCUACCUACCAAUACUAUUAAAAAAAUAUUAUACAACAAA